AUUUUCGGAAGAUGCACGGAAAGUCGAAAUACGAAUUGCAUUGUGGGGUCAACCACGUGACCUAAAUAUGGUGAAGCGAGAAAACUCAGAAAGUGAGAACGCCUUGAAGAAUCAAAGGCAAUAGAAGAGGUCACUGCACAAACUUGGCUCACACGACGACCCAUUCCAUUUAUGCCUUGAAUGUAAAUUGAAACCUUAGUAACUGUCACCAUGUCAUCCUUUAACCAGUUAGAAGAAGCUUCACUUCUCCUUGGACUGCAGACUGAAAAAAUUCUACCUUCACAGACCAAAAUGGUACAACUUCAAACCAUGCCCCGUAGACAUGGAGACGAUGUUGCUGAUCUUAAACAUGGAAAACAGGAGAAUGGUACAAUGUGUAGUGGGUCUAUGUCUGCAGAUCCUGACAGUGAAGACAAUGUAGGACUUAAUUCUACCCCAAACAACACUCUGGAUGAAGCGCCGGAGGACAAGCACAAACAGUUAAACACACCAGCUUUAUCAGAAAUCACCCACAGAAGGGCAAAAGACCAGUCAACAGAUGAAGACAUGAUGGUGGACCCAGAGGAGCGCAAUGAUCACCAACCAAAAUCUCAGCUGGAGAAAAAAGGUGGAUGUGAUGAGAAUGCCAGUGUAGUUAUGGAAACUAUGCAAAUGCCUCAGUCAGAACAGGAGAGUGAGACCCAGAUUACAGAAAGUAAUUCAGUGGAGAUGUGUGAAGAACCUAAAAAUAGCGCUGCUGAAAUCUGUGCAUCAGAAUUACCUGAUCCAUCAGACACUGAUACACAGGUAUCAGAGGAAGAUCAGCUGUCUCACUCUCCUGACACAUGCUCUCAAGAAAACUCUUUUGAUAAUGGGAUGGAUAGGUGUAAAAGUUCUCCCGGUGUCAUUUCAUUUGAAAACAUGGACAGUACAGAGGAAUCUGACCAACAUGAAGCCAUGAAAGGCACUGACGUAUGUUUGUCUGAACAGAUAGAAGUGGACGGAAAUCAUGAUGAGUUAGAAAAUCUGGAAAUGUCACAAGGUGGCAGCACUGAAAAAGUAGUAUCAGAGAGCAUCAGCAAGGAAAAUGAAAGUUCUCCUCAGCUGCAGAGAAUGAGAUCUGUGGCAUUUGGUGAGGAAGAAAGUCUGAAUGAAAGCAUUGAUGAGGACAGUGAUGGAAGGCUAUUCAUAGAUACAGAGAUAGAGUCAGGGGAUGCAGAUGAUGAAGAUUUGUCCAGAAGGGGGGAAAAACAGUAUACUGAUUCUCCACUAGCGGCAAGAAAGUUACCAGGUCAACAGAUCAGAGAAUCUCCACUGGCGGCUGAAAAAAUACCAAGUCAACAGGUCACAGAAUCUCCACUGGCGGCUGAAAAAAUACCAAGUCAACAGGUCACAGAAUCUCCACUGGCGGCUGAAAAAAUACCAAGUCAACAGGUCACAGAAUCUCCACUGGCGGCUGAAAAAAUACCAAGUCAACAGGUCACAGAAUCUCCACUGGCGGCUGAAAAAAUACCAAGUCAACAGAUCACAGAAUCUCCACUGGCGGCUGAAAAAAUACCAAGUAAACUGAACAGAAAAACUCCACUGGAAGCCGAAAUUUUACCAAGUCAACAGAUCAGAGAGCGUCCACUGGCAGUAGAAAAAAUACAAAGUUUACAGAAAGACAUCCCAGGGUCAGUGUCUACAGAGCAUUCCGGAAUGGAGGUAUUAACUACAGAAAAUUCUGGCAUGUUAAUUUCAGACAAAGAUGCGAUGUUACAAAGUGUGAGUCAGAAUUCAAGCAGAUCUGAACCAUCGAGAACAACAGGGAGCCAGAUGGAGGUGAGUGAAACCAGUGAUACAGAGAUAACUGAUGGAGGCCCUACAAUCACCACCACGCGGACUCCAAUGGGAGCUGUCAUCAAAGUCGAGCAGAUUGAUGAGGGAUAUAGUGAUUCACAGACAGGAGAUAUUCUUGAUAUACUUCAUAAAUCUAAAAGAGCAUCCACUCAGGGCACUGAACAACAGAAGCGUAAACUUGAUGAUAUGAAUGAUAAAGAUGCUGUGCAGCCAUUGUCCUUUAAUGCAAAAGACAUUGCAAAAAGAGUGAAAAAAGAACCAGUAGAUAUUUUUGAAUCCCCGAAGUCAAAUUGUUCUAUGAAUGUUUCACCUGUAACAGGUUUUUUACCAGGCUCAUCGUUCAGGCCCCGGGGACCUACAACAGGGGUCGUCAGCAAUAGUUUGCUUCAACUCAGUAAACAGGUAGACAGCAUCACAACACAACAAAACCAACAGACAGCUCCAUCUUUAUGUGCUGUCAGUUCCGCUGCUCAUCUUCAACCACCAUCCCCUCUUUUGCGUCAUCAGCUGAACUCAGGGAUAAGAUUUCCACCAAGGGUUUCUCGUAUAUCUAUUCCUUUUGUAAGGGCACAGAGGCCAGCAAUUACACAGUCUGAACCUAGGAUGAGGCCGUCCAUUUCCCGAGCACUAAGCAACUCCUCAACAACUGUAAGCAAUGCAGGGAGAGCAACACAGGGUCAGUCAGUCAUGCUCACCCCACAGACUAAAACAGUGCCUUCUCUGAUGAACUCCACAUCCACUUUCAGAUACAGACUUGUUCCACAUGCUGGAGGUCAGAGUUUAGUGACUGUACCCAGUGUUACCAAACCAGCAACCACUGUUUCUUCUGCAAGUAGUAGUAAGGUUCCAUCCACUCCCUCGAAUGAAGCCAUGUCUUCAUGUUCUAUCAACAUUGACACAGUGGGAAUGCAGACCAUUACAGAACUGAUUGCACGGAAAAAUCCAUUGCCAAACUACAAAAUUACACCAGCUCCAUCAGAAAUAAAAGUUAAUAAUUCUGUGUUUACAUGCUAUGAGUGUGGAGAUACAUUUCGAUUUUCCACAAGCUUGGAGACCCAUCGUGGAAGAUGCAGCAUGAAAAUAACUUACAAAUGUGAGGAAUGCAAAAGUAUGAAAAUAUUUUUUAACAAAUGUCAGUUUUUAAGUCAUUUGAGAGGUCAUUUGAACAUCGAAAAAACACAGGCGGUCCCAAUUCACAUCAAAUCAGAUUCAAUCUCUAUUGAGCCAUUGUCUAAAUCUCACCAGCAAGUGUUCUUUCAGAAGUUCUCAGUUUCCAAAAAGACAAAUAACCAAAAAGCCAGUAGGAGAUGUGCAGAGUGUGGAACUACCUGUAGUCAAGCAGAAUUUGAAAAACAUUUCCUUGGAGACAAAAAGGCAAUUGGAGGUUUAGCUGGUGGAAAAUGGAGAUGUGUUCAUUGCAAACUUUAUUUUCCCUCCAUUUGUGCACAGAGGGCUCAUGCUAGGUUACACAAGGAGGAAGAGCUGGACAAAAAGUUCACUUGUCCCGAGUGUGGGAUUGACCAAUCAGGACUUAUGGUUGGAGACCAGCAGUUUGAUAAUUAUGAGGAAAAGCUUAGUUUUCAUGUCAUUAAUGUGUGCUUUCAUUUGGAUAAAACUGAUGUCAUAGUUUGUUCAAAGUGUAGUGCAGAGUUCACCAGUAUGAAAGAAUUCAGACAUCAUUACUUUAAAAAGUUAGAACAAUAUUUCAAAUGUAAUGUUUGCCCUAUGGCAUUCAGGCAGCAAGAGUCAUUCACAAAACACUUAAACUCACAGCACAGUGAUCAUGAGAUUGUGAGUUUGUCUCCUGCUAAGAAAAAGAUGGAUGUCUUCAAAGUGAUUUACAGAUGCCAUGUUUGUGACAGUUUGAUAGAUGAUAGAUUUGUAUUGGACAAUCAUUUACAACAGCAUGCCACAGUUACCAAAUCUGUCUACAAAUGCAAGGAAUGUUCAAGAACUUUUCAAAAGGGAGAAGAGAUGUCAAAUCAUUUCAAGGCAGAGCAUGCUGACAAGACAAAACUAAAGCUGUGCAAAAAAUGUAACAAAACUUUUGAAACUUGGAAAGAGUUACUUAGUCACACAUUAAAGGACGUCCAUGCCACCCCACCUGAUAAUUCCUUCCAUUAUUGUGGAACCUGUGGAUUUUUCUAUGAUCCAACAGAAGCUGAGGGAGGACAUAUUUGUAUGAGUCAGAAGACCGGGAAACUGGUUGUCAACAAGUUCCUAAGUGGAUGUCGAAUCUGCAAUGAGCGAAAAUUUUAUAAUGCUACUGCAUUGAGGAUUCAUCUGCAAGCGCACCAAGAUAGGGGAUACCUGGUGUGUAAGUAUUGCCAAAGCGGUGGAUUUUCUUCUAAAGAGGAAAUGAAAAUUCAUGAAAGCAUCUGCAAUGAUGGAAAAUCCCAUAUUAAACCAAAUAUUUUGAGACACAAGAAAAGUGCGGCUUCCUCCUCUUCUAAAGAUGUCAAGAAAAUGGUAAAUGAUGUGAAGCCAGUGAAUCCUCAGCUAUCCUUCCCUUGUAUGGAUUGUGAUGAACAAUUCACCUCCAAGGCUGACCUUGGUAAUCAUCAGAAAGAGGCGCAUAGUAAUCUGUACCCGUGUCAUCUCUGUGGCUUGACAUAUGAAUCUCAGCAGAGUUUACGCAAGCAUCUUCGGGUGACCCAUGAAGGUAAGACCCAUGUGUAUCCCUGUGUAAUCUGCAGGAAGAGGGGUAUAAGGAGGAUCUUCACAAAUGUUUUAGUUCUGGAGAAACACUUAGCUACCAAACACAGAGUUAGUAAGAAUCAGAUGAGUUCUAGCAUUGUGAAUGAGUUUGCGGCAGAAAAUGAAAUUUUGAAUCCACCACCUAAAUCAAUAAAAUCCCCAUCAGAGUCAACAGAGUUAAUUAAAGAAAUAGAUUCGCCAGUCAAACGUUUACAUAUAGAAGGAGACCAAGUCUUCAACUGUGCAAAAUGUAGAUUUAGAUGCGAGAACAGAACGGGGUUCCUUGAUCAUCUGAAGGUCCAUAAGAUAGACAAUUCCGUUCAGUGUUUGGAAUGCGGACUAUGCUUUGCCAUUAUUCCCUCGCUUAAAAAACAUCUGUUCAUGGUUCAUAAAGUGAAGGACUUUGAGGAAUACUGCCAGAAGGAGGGGAUCCGAAUAAAGGAUGAAAUUGUAGAGGAGGAGCUGGAGGAGACGUCCUACACAAGCCUGGCAGAGGAGUCGGACCCCGAGGACCACGAUCGAGACCCAUUGGAGUGCCGAGUCUGUUAUCGGGUUUUUGAAGAUGACAACAAGCUGCGCUCUCACAUGAGAAGUCAUGGAAUGGCUUUUAUCAGAAACAAGAGGAGGGAGAGAGCUGUGCAGAGGUCCAGGCAGUCGGCAUCAACCUCCAGUGUGAAAAGUGAAACUGCAAGUGAAAAUAGCAAUGCUUCAUCCUCAGAUGCAAAGUGAAUCACCAUAUUGAAUUCACUUACAGUUAGAGUGGUAAUGGAAGAAAAUGGCAGAUACAUUGUACAUGUGUACUGAUAUCUAUGUAAAUAUAUUCCAUCUUCAUCUUUCAUGUUUUAUUGAUUGCUACCACUUUACACCAUACAUUAAUUAUGUCCCAUCUGAAAUCCAACAUGUAUUGAGUUUUCCAGAAUUUUAUUUAUAUUGUUAAAUGCUAAAAAUAUUUUGGUUCUUUAGGUUAAUUUGUUUAAAGUUAACAAAUGUUACAUUUUUGGGUUUGUUUUGGGGGUUUUUUUUGACAUUGAGAUGAUUUAGUAAGAUUAUUAUCAUUAUAUUCUCACAAAUGUUUUAACUUUCAUCACUCCUAGGCAGUGAUUAUUUUCCUUUUUGACUGGUAAUUGAAAAAUAUGACAAAGAUUCAAAUGAAUCAUAAUAUAAUGAAUUUCAAGUAUUUGUAUAACUCGUGAAGCUUACUGUAAGUAAUGGAUGAGAGAAUUAUCCAAAGCAUUGUGUUCCUUAAAAAUGUCAUUUGACAAGUUUGGUUACGAUGAAACUAAAUAUUUCUAGGAUGGUUUGCGUAUACAUAGAAUUUUUUAAAAGAAAUCCGGAUGAUAGAAUCCUGUUUUGAGAAAAGUCAUGAAAUACAGAAAAAGUAGUGGAAAACAAGCACAAAAUGGUCGUUAUGUAACACUGACAAAAUACAAUUUGGAUAUUAGGUGUUUGAUUGUAAUGCCACAAAUUAAGGAAUAUGGAAUUUAAAUCUCAAGUUGGUAUUGUUGUAAUCAAACUUGACAUUAGUUAGCACUUAAUUUUCUCCAACUCUGUAAAUUAAGAAUUUUUUAAGAUUUAACAUUAUCUUGUGUAAUGAGAAAUUUAGUAGGAACUUGGGACUUGCAUAAAUUAUGCCAGAAAAUGGGAACCCAUCCAUAUGUUGGUUUACUUUUCCCAAUUGAAGUCCCUGCACUUCUGAUGCACAUCUAUUCUUAUAUGUGAACAUCGAAUUUAGAAUUGUCAUAUUUCUCUUUUCCAUAAUACAACCUUGUAAUUUGAUCUGUAUGAUAUAUGUUUUAAUUUGUCCAGUUUGUUAAAUAUCAUGAUUUCUUUUUACAUUUUGAUACGCAAUAAAUUAUAUUUUUCAAGUAUA